AUGCAGGGCUUAAGCAUACAGAGUUUGAAGAAACAUAAAGCAUUGAUCCCCCUGUAUGUAUGCACGGCACUGGGGUGCGGUGGCGCGCUGUUUUAUCUGACGCGGCUGGCGCUGCGCUCGCCUGACGUCUCCUGGAAUAAACGUACCAACCCAGAGCCUUGGCAGGAGUACAGGGCUAAGCAAUACAAGUUCUACUCACCACUGCACGACUCAAAGGAAGAGUCCCCUGCUCCCAAGUUCUAAGCCUUAAUGUUUUAUCAACAGUAUGUCACUGCAGACUAGAUUGUUUUAAUUUAAUAAAUAGAAAUUAUGUGAUAAUAUA